AUGGGGCCCCCGGGCAAUAUGGGAUCAUGGGGCCCCUGUGUCCUGGCCCAAACUCAAAAAAGCCUAUGAAAAAGGCAUAGCAUGCAUGAAUGUAAAUAAAAACCUUGAGCCUUUACAACUACUUUAAGUAAUAUAGUUACAUAGUUAGUCUGGCUGAAAAAAGACAAAAGUCCAUCCAGUUCAACCCAGGGGCGGACUGACAACUCAUGGGGCCCCUGGCAAUAGGGGAUCAUGGGGCCCAUGUGUCCUUGCCCGAACUGAAAAAAGCCUAUGAAAAAGGUACCAGGGGCAUCUCAUGGGGCCCCCUACUGACCCCAGGCCCUCUGGCAGUGCCUGAGUUUCCAAAUGGUCAGUCCGCCCCUGGUUCCACCAUUAAA